AAUGAUCGUGCACACGCCUCAAUUAAUAAAAUAAAACAUUAGAAAGGAAUUUGCAUAAAGCUGUGAGAUUUGUCUCCCUAGUUUGCCAGAUCUAGAAAAGAUGGGAGGUUGCGUUUCCAUAGCAAUAUCAUGUGACCAAGCUAUUAAUAACCUUACCAGCUGCAUUAGCGGGGACGGAAAUUCCUUCCGCAACCUUGUGAACAAUCUUGCAUCUCUGAGGCGAGCUACACGACAGCUGGAAGCAAGAGGAGAUGAUUUGCUGACAAGGGUAAAAGUGCAAGAAGAUGGUGGCCGAAGCCGAUUAGCUGAAGUCCAAGAAUGGCUUUCGGAAGUUGAUAUCACGGUACGUGAAACCCAUGAUUUACUUUUGCAAAGCGAUGAUGAAAUAGAUAAGUUAUGUUGUUAUCAAUAUUGUUCCAAGAAUUGGAUAUCAAGAAAUGGUUAUAGUAAAAGGGUAGUCAAGCAGUUGACAGAAACUGAGAUUCUCUUAUUUAGAGGAGUUUUUGAUGAAGUAACUCAAAGAGGUCCUAUACAAAAGGUGGAGGAGAGGCUUUUCCACCAGAAGAUAUUUGGUCAAGAGGAAUUGAUUGAAUCAACCUGGAAUAGUAUCAUGGAGGACGGAGUUGGGAUUUUGGGUAUUUAUGGCAUGGGGGGAGUGGGCAAGACCACACUCCUCUCUCAAAUCAACAACAAGUUUCUCAUAGAAAGCAACCAAUUUGACAUUGUAAUAUGGGUUGUGGUGUCUAACAACACAACGGUUAAGAGGAUUCAAGAAGAUAUUGGCAAAAGACUAGAGAUCUACGAUGAAAACUGGGAAAGGAAAACAGAAAAUGAGAAAGCGUGUGAUAUAAACAAGUCUCUAAAGACCAAGAGAUAUGUGUUAUUGUUGGAUGAUAUGUGGAGGAAGGUGGAUUUAGCAAGCAUUGGAGUUCCGGUUCCAAGAAGAAAUGGAAGUAAAAUAGUAUUCACCACUCGUUCUAAUGAAGUUUGCGGAAGAAUGGGGGUAGAUAAGGAGAUAGAGGUAACAUGUAUGAUGUGGGAUGAUGCUUGGAAUUUGUUCACUAAAAAUAUGGAAGAAACAAUAAAAAGUCAUCCAGAUAUUCUUGAAGUCGCAAGAUCAGUUGCGAAAAAGUGUAAAGGCUUGCCACUCGCUCUCAAUGUAAUUGGCGAAGUCAUGGCACGCAAGAAGACAGUUGAAGAGUGGCAUCACGCAGCUAAUGUUUUGUCUUCAUCUGCUGCUCAGUUCUCAGGUAUGGAAGCCGAGAUUCUUUCCAUUUUGAAAUUUAGCUACGACGACUUAGCCGAUGAGAAAACCAAGAAAUGCUUCCUAUUUUGUGGUUUGUGUCCCGAGGAUUACGAAAUAGGAAAAGAUGAUUUGAUAGACUAUUGGGUAGGCCAUGAGCUAAUAGGUGGGACUAAACUUAAUUAUGAAGGGUAUACAAUCAUAGAAGCUCUCAAAAAUGCGUGUUUAUUGAUUGAGAGUGAAUCCAAAGAUAAAGUGAAGAUGCAUGAUGUGAUACGGGAUAUGGCGUUGUGGAUACCAUUAGGUUUUGGUGGGCCUCAAGAGAAGCUUGUUGCCGUCGAAGAAAAUGCUCGUAAAAUUCCGAAGAUUAAGGACCAGGAAGCUAUUAGUAGCAUAUCCUUAAUAUCUAAUCAAAUUGAGGAGGCAUGCGUGAGUCUUGAUUGUCCCAACCUCGAUACCGUACUUCUUCGAGAUAAUAAACUAAGGAAUAUCUCACAAGACUUUUUCUACUGCGUUCCGAUUCUCAAAGUUUUAGAUCUUUCUUUGAAUGCAAACCUUACAAGGUUGCCUAACAUUUCAAAUUUGGUCUCGUUAAGGUACUUAAACCUAUCAUGCACGGGGUUAAAAGAUCUUCCAAAUGGGUUAUAUGAGCUCAAUAAACUGAUAUACUUGAAUUUGGAGCAUACAUACAUGCUGAAAAAGAUCGAUGGGAUAUCGUCUUUGUCGAGUCUACAAGUUUUGAGAUUGUAUGGUUCUGGAAUAGAUACUAAUGACAACGUGGUUAAGGAGAUACAACGCUUGGAGCAUUUAUAUCAGUUGACAAUAACCUUGAGAGGUUCAUCUGGUUUGGAAAGUUAUCUUAAAGAUGAGAAGCUCAAUAGCUACAACCAACAAUUACAUCUCAGCAAUCAAUCAAGUGUACUCAUUGUACCUAUUGGGAUGAUUUCAAGUAGUCGUGUUUUGGAGAUACUAGACUCAAAUAUACCGAAGUUAGAGAUAAAAUUGCCAAACAACGAUAGUGAUGAUGAAUAUGUUCAUUUGCUGAAACCUGCUUCAGAGUAUUGUAGCAAUAUAAAUUUUUUCAGUCUACGCGAAGUGAGAUUAGACAACUGUACUAGUCUACGGGAUUUGACAUGUCUUUUAUAUGCUCCUCAUCUUGCUGUUUUAUACUUGGUAUGGUUACCUGACAUACAUGCCAUAAUAGAUCGAUAUGAUGAGUUUCCUUUGAUGUCUAAGUCACUUCGAAACAGACAACCUUAUAGACUACUACCUUUUAGAGCACUAGAGUUCCUUACACUGAGGAAUUUGGUUAAACUCCGUAGCAUCUACAGGGGUCCGUUGCCUUUUCCCAACCUUAAGGAAAUCAACAUUAAAGGUUGUCCAUUGUUAACAAGACUUCCUAUCAAUUCCGAGAGCGCUCAGUCGCAAAAUGUCAUCAUGAACGCAGAAAAAGAAUGGCUGGAAAAAGUGAAAUGGAGAGACCAAGCGACUAAGGAGCGGUUUUACCCAAGUUAAGA